CUAGUCACUAGUUUUUUUUUUUUGUCCAAGUUCGUACCCUCCACCAUGACUGGUUGAGAAUUCGUACCUUACUACGUUAUCUACUCAAGCAAGAGUGCGCAUGCAAGAGCUACAAAUCUCUUCCAUGUCCCCACUCAACGGGCAAAAUAUAUAGUUUUGAGGAAGAAUUAUAAUGAGAGGCACAGAAGAUGUUAAUAACAAGUUUUCUGAUGGUGAUGAAGAUCAACAAUUUGAUGAUGAUGGCAAGCCCAAAAGAACUGGAACAAUCUGGUCAGCAAGUGCACACAUUAUAACAUCAAUCAUAGGAUCCGGAGUUCUUUCACUAGCAUGGGGCACGGCACAACUUGGAUGGAUAGGAGGACUCGUGACACUAAUAACAUUUUCAUGUAUCGCGUUUUAUACUUCAAAUCUCCUAGCAGAUUGUUACAGAUCCCCUGAUCCUGUCACCGGAAAGAGAAAUCAUUCGUACAUGGAGGAGGUUCGCUCCAAUUUAGGCAGAAUAAACAGCAUUGCUUGUGGGAUACUGCAGUAUGCCAAUUUAAGUGGAAUGGUAAUUGGUUACACGAUUACUGCAUCGAUAAGCAUGGUGGCAGUGCACAAAUCUAAUUGCUUCCACAGAAAAGGCCAUUCUGCUUCUUGCAAGUUUAGCAAUAAUCCGUAUAUGAUUGGAUUGGGAGUUUUCGAGAUCUUUUUGUCACAAAUUCCCAACUUACAUAACCUCACAAUUUUGUCAGCUAUUGCCGCGGUUAUGUCUUUUGGGUAUUCCUCAAUAGGCAUUGGACUUGCUCUUGCUACGAUCAUCUCAGGCAAAGGAGGGAAGACAACCUUAACAGGAGUAGAGGUAGGAAUAGAUGUAACGGUUGCUGAUAAAGUAUGGAGGGCAUGUAGAGCCUUAGGAGACAUCGCGUUUACUUACAGUUUCUCUGCAGUCCUUGUUGAAAUACAGGAUACGCUAAAAUCGGAACCACCAGAGAAUCAGGCGAUGAAGAAAGCGAAUGGGAUAUCAUUGUUCACAGUCACAGCCUUUUACCUGAUGUGUGGUAUCUUAGGCUAUGCUGCAUUUGGGAAUGAUGCACCUGGUAACAUGUUAACUGGAUUCGGAUUUUACGAGCCUUUUUGGCUAGUAGAUGUGGCCAACAUCUUCAUCGUUGUCCAUUUAGUGGGUGCAUAUCAGGUAUUUACACAGCCUGUGUACUUAUUUUACGAAACAUGGGCCCGGGAGAAAUGGCCCAACUCAACGUUUAUAAACAAAGAGUACCCAAUCAAAAUUGGCAACAAAAGAGUGUUAAGCUUCAACUUACUUAGGCUAACCGGAAGAACCAUAUUUGUGGUGUUAGCAACCAUAUUGGCAAUGGCAAUGCCCUUCUUCAAUGACUUCCUCGCGCUGCUCGGAGCAAUCGGGUUUUGGCCACUGACCGUAUAUUUCCCGGUGCAGAUGCACAUUGCUCAAAGAAAGAUCAAACGAACUUCAUUGAAGUGGUGUAUACUCCAACUUAUCAACUUCUUCUGCUUGCUUGUUUCCUUGGCUGCUGCUGCUGGGUCAAUCCAAGGAGUUGGCGAAACUCUUAGUACGUCCAAGCCAUUUCAAUAUAAAGUAUAAAAGUACAAACCUUUGAUUUUAUUCUUUUGUCUUUUAAGUUGUAAUAUGUAUAGAGUGAUUGUUGAUUGAUGCUCCUAAAAUCACUUUAGUUAAAUUAGUUCCUAUUUCUAGUAUAGCAAUAAAUAUGUCAAUGGGUUUGUUUUAUGAAUAUGUUUUUAUUAAGUUGAUUUCUUGUUAUAAGGGAUUUAUGUAGUGGGUGGCAUA